GUCAGAGAUAAAAUAGACCAACUCAUAGCGAAACCUGAUAGCAAAGAUGAACACGCGUCAAAUGACUUUGACGACCACGAAAUGUGGGAAAAAAUUAAAACGGCCCCUUUCGAUCGACGUAAAGCGGAAAAUCCGGAAUGGCUUGGUGACGUCACAAUGGUGGCUAGAGGACGUCUCCUAGAAGAAAGCGAUGGCUUCCGUUUCGCUGAAGACGAAAAAAGACAAAAGUGUAAUGAUGAAAAAUGUAAGGAAGGCGUUAAAGCUUACUGGUACGUGAAGCGAGUGAGGCAAAGGGACGACGAAGCGAUGUCAGGAAAGUACCACUAUGAGUUAACUUUUUCUGUGACCUCGCACACAUCGCCAAAGAAGAAACCGUACGAAAAUGCAGUAAGGACUUAUACUGUUCGAGAGACAACACCGACCGUAACAAAACGAGUACACGAAACGAUUAACAAUAGACCACAACGAGCCAUCUGGGUUCAUAAGAAUAUAGCACCAUCAAAUUAUCAUAAAAACCAGCACUACGAUCAAGGUUUAGAUAGAAUUUUCUCUUCGUUAUUCUCUGACGAGGAUACAUACGAUGAGCCUUCGCCAAGAUAUAAGCAGCAAAAUCACUUCAGUCCCCAAAUUUAUCCGCAACAUUCUAAAACAGGGCACGUGACACAAAGUGAUCAUCACCAUCAUCAUCAUAAUAAAAUGAUGCCUUAUCCCUACAAUCCCCCAUCAUACAAAUAUUCGCGACCAUCCUACCAAACUUCACUAUUUACUAAUGUUCCUCCCUAUGCGGACUUUGAUUCGGGAGUGAACAAUGCUCAUCCAUCUUCACUUUCAGAUCACAGAUAUCUUUCAUCAAACUUAGUGAAGACCACAAGGCCCGCCGUUUUACCUACUCCAGUUAUGACACCAUUAUUGCCAACUUUGCCAUCUUUAAAGAACGGAACAUUCGACCUAAAAUUUAACAUAACCUAUGUAGUAUCCAAAGAACCCGAGCUCAUGUCUGGUUAUAAAAGUCACAAUAAACCAAGACCAGCACCCAUGAAAAUAAGUUACUUCCCGGAUCAUGUUAGACCGCCAGUGUACAACGCACCUCCUGGAGUUUUUGUUACAAUGGAUAAGAAACCAUUCAAGCCAAUGCCACCAUUAAAAUUGACACAUUCAUCGAAGCCUCUAAAACCAAAACCAAUAGAUUUCCGACCUAGCCCACCAGUUCUAUUUUCAAAUCCGGAUUCGUCAUUUGAUUCAUCAUUUCGUCCGAUAACUAUUGACUAUGGCGAAAAUAAUACAACAACAGAGAAGGGUGUGAUAAAAGAAAACAACAAAUCGCGUCGAAUCGUACCUAAUGUCAGAAAAUCAACGAAAAAGCAAGACAAAGUGAAAUCAUUAUCAACAUCGACCUCUUCACCUGAUAUAAUAACAGUAAGUGACGCUUCAGUUGAGGAUACCGACGCAAUGGAUUGGGCCAACGUACUAGGAGCUUUCACUAAAACAACACCUUUAGUAACAACAAAAAAAGUGAAAAAAUUCAAUGUAACAGAGAGCACUCCAUCUACAACUGUUACAACUGAGUCUACCACUACGACGGAAGUCAAAAAGAUAAAUGAUGAAACUAGUUCUACGUCCACAACUUCAACAACAACGACGACGACGGAAAAACCGAAGAAACGAACGCGACCGCCGCCGAAAUUCACUAAAAUCGAUAAAAACAGAAAAAGGAAACCGGCCACUAGUAGAAACACAAGUACUACAAACGCUCCAGAGAAAAUCACUAGAACACGCACAACACAAGAUUUGACAGCUCAAGCGAGUUCUGCUGUGGUUAAUGAAAAAUCUGGUUGGAAGCCUAAGAAUAAAACAACCUCAACCACGCCGAUGACUACGUCCGUAAGUACUACGGCAUCUUCUCUUGAAUCAACAAUGAGUACUACGGGCCAAACAACAACCAUACAUACAACUACCGUGUCUCAAAAAACGACCCUAAAGCCUUCAAGUACCUCCCCGUCUACAGCUUCUACCAUACAAAACGAAAUAGAACCUUCGACCAUACAGCCAAGAAACAAGAAUCGUUACAGACAAUCUACACUAAUGUACAAAGGCACAUCGGUCAAACAUGACAGAUGGAAUGCUAUUUCAUCAGAAAAAAAUAAAACCAUUGUUUCAAACAAAUUUCCGAGAAGAAAGGUGUCUAAUUUCCAAGGUUAUGCACCGUCUACACAGAAAUCAAAUGAUAUAGAACUUGAAAAGAAGGCAGAACAAGAUCAUAGUACUAGUACAAUAAUAACUACUUUAAUAGUAAAUAAAAAUAUAAAUGAAAUAGAAAAUAAAAUAGCAACCACUGAAGCCACUUCUGAUUAUUCGGAGGAGAAAGAUGAUGAGAAUAGCCAGGAGUCUACCACAGAUCUUAAUCAGACAGACGAUUCGGAAGAGUUUGAGGACGAAAAUAAUCCAACGGAAACUAGUGAAGAACAAGAAUCUCAAGAUCACAGUGAAUACAUUUUUAAUUCUACAUCUAAUCCUAACGAAAAUUUAAUUGAGAAUCUUGAAGACAACGUAAUAACAACUGAACAAACAAUCAUCACUUCAUUAUUUCCAACUGUAAAGAAUAAAACAAAAUGCAAAAAGAAGAAAAAUCAACAAUCACUAGCAACAAAACUAAGUUCAUCAAAUGAUAUGAAAGUAGAAAUGCGGACAACGAUUAGUACUAGCGAAAAAACAACAACAGUAGACUUCUUAGAUGAAUUGUUAGAUUCAUUAGAUGAGACAAAUAAACCAAGAAAUGAUUCAACACAACAUAUUAAUAGUUAUGAUAGGCAAAUAAAUGAGGAGGACAGUACGGAUAUAGAAGAAUUUUUGUCAUCUCUUGAAACAAAUAACAGAAACAGUGAAGAAGAUAUUGCUUAUGAUGUAGAGCUUUCGGAUGAGUUUUCCCCUUUUAACAAUGAUGACGAUAACAGAGGCUCCAGAAAUGCAAACGACAAUUACAGUGAUUACCAAGACAGAUACAGCAUAUUAGAACUGAUGGCGAUGGAGUAA